CUCUCGCCAUGGCCCAGCCCUCAGCAAGCGGACAAAAGGUGGUGAUCGUAGGCGCAGGCCCGGUGGGGUCACUUGCUGCGCUGUACGCUGCAGCCAGAGGCGACGAUGUCGAAGUCUACGAGUUGCGCGGAGGUUAGUGGUUCUGACCUGUCCUGCUUCCCUGGCUACAUAUCUCCCUGUUUUCUCUCUUGACGCAAAGGUUGAAGCGACCUGUAUCACCAUCAGUUCCGCUUCAUCCACCAUUCACAACACCACCACCACCACAAUGACUCGAUUUUCUGUUGCACGUGCUCUGGGAUAUAGAGCGUUUCUCACACCAUAUCUUGGUUCCUAGAUCUGCGUGAUCCAAACACGAUCCCCCUCAACUUCACCAAGUCCAUCAACCUGGCUCUAUCCGAGCGCGGCAUCACAGCCAUGCGGGAAUCGAACCGCGAGGUGCUCAUCGAGCGAGUUCUCACCGAGGCCAUCCCCAUGCACGGUCGUAUGAUCCAUGGCAGAGACAACGGCAAGCUCUGGGAAGCCGCGCAAGUAUACGACGUCCAUGGCCGAGCCAUCAACGCCGUCGACCGAGGGACCCUGAACAACGCCCUCCUCGACGAGCUCGAGCGAACCCCCAACGUCAAACUAUUCUUCAACCACAAACUAACCGGUGCCGACUUCCGCACCAACCGCGCCUGGCUCGAACGCCGCACCCCAGGAGGUCCUGCAGAAUCCACGACCGAAAUCGAAAUCGCCUUCGACCUGCUAAUCGGGGCCGAUGGCGCGCACUCCGCCUCGCGGUACCACAUGAUGAAGUUCGCGCGCGUCGACUACCAGCAAGAAUACAUCGACGCGCUAUGGUGCGAGUUCCGCAUCCCGCCCUCCCCAUCGGGCGACUUCCUCAUCUCCCCAAACCACCUGCACAUCUGGCCCGGGAAAGAGUUCAUGUUCAUCGCGCUCCCCUCGGCCGACAAAUCAUUCACCUGCACUCUCUUCGCGCCUGCCUCGCACUACGACGAGCUUGAAUCCGGCUCACCCCAGAACCUGAUCGAUGCCUUCGACGCCAACUUCCCCGGUGUCUGCCCGGAACUGAUCUCACCCGAGGCCUUGCUCGACCAAUUCUCCUCGAACCCGCAUCUCCCCCUCAUCAGUCUGAAAUGCAAGCCUCACCACUACGGCUCCAGCGCGGUGAUCGUCGGAGACGCCGCGCACGCCGUCCUGCCGUUCUACGGCCAAGGAUUGAAUGCGGGCCUGGAGGAUAUCCGCGUUCUAUUCAGCAUCCUCGACCAGCACGGCGUGUACGACGAAGGGGCUAGUCCGGAGACGCGGACAUCGUGCCGUCGGGCGGGACUUCAAGCGUACACCGAUCAGCGGUCCGCAGAUACACACGCGAUCAACGAUCUAUCCAAGCAGAAUUACCUGGAGAUGCGAUGGGGGGUCAAAUCUCCUUUGUAUAAGCUGCGCAAAUCGGUCGAGGAGACGUUGGACCGUCAUCUGCCGAGCCUGGGCUGGCAGACGCAAUACGCCCGCAUCAGCUUCAGUAAUCAGCGGUACUCCGAGGUUGUGCAGGCGGUGCGCAGGCAGGGAAAUCUGCUGGGGCUGGGGUUCGGCUCUGCGUUGGUCUCGGGUCUGGCAGCUGUCGGCAUCCUGGUGUGGAAAUGUCCCGGUCAGUUCUCGCCGUCGUCGGUGUUGCGGGGAACUUGGCAGGGAGUGAAAAGUCUUUUCUUUGGUUGAAAGCGUUCUUGAUGCGGAUGCAUGGCCUUCGGCGAUCGCGCUGGCUGGCUAUUUAUCUAUGCUUCCUCGUUAUGGGUGUCGUCUACUUUUUGCAUAUUAUCUAGACUUCGCCUUGGUGUAAAAACACAGGUGGGUCGGGUACACUUGACUUAUGUGGCGUGUCUACCUAGAUAUAUCUAUAUACUGUGAAAGAUACUAUAUGAUGUUAGAGAGGUUGAAGGGAGU